UUUAACAGCGUCAACAGCAGCAGUUUCCACUGAGGAGGGAAGGCGACGAGAGAAACAACAACCGCCAGCCUGCACAGAAAGAGCAAACUGGUUUUUCAUAUCCGGCUCCUACGUCUCGUUUGUCGCUCUGUUGUGCCGCAGAAGCGUACGAGGAGGCCAGCCACGGCGCUCUCCUGCCCUGACGACUGCUCCCUCCGUCCAUUGACUCUUCACUGUCCUGAGUUCGGGGGUGACAACUCUGGAUAUGGCGAGUGUUACAGACAGAGACUACAAAACUGGCACUUUUAAGUCAUUAGCCUGGCACGUGGACCAGCUAGUGUAUCCAAGAUAAACAUUGUGAUAUUGGACAAUUAAUGUAAUGGCCAAGGAGAGUGACGGAUUGCACCUGUAUGUCUCACUACGCUCUCAAAGUUGUAUAGCAAUGGGGUACCACUGCUAAAGCCAUCUUCCUAAAAGUAAAUAGACACUUGCCUCUGUUGAAGCUCAACAAAUUGAUAUUGCUAGACAUGGACUUGCGCUGGAUGUAAAGACUGUCCGGAAACCUCAAACAUCAGCUGUCUCCUGGUCGGACAGAUCAUCUGAACCUUGCUGCUGGUCCCCAGAGGUUAUUUGAGGGCCAACAUGUCAAUGUCAGGGUCCACGACUGUGCAGCUGUUUACCAAGCUUCUCAAGCAUGCAGUUGGCAAGGCACAGAUUCAGCUGAACCGCUGGCUGCAGAGGACUGCCACAGAGGAGUGUGACAAAAUUGACAUCCUGAUAUGCAGCGCCUUUGACGAGACGGGGGCCGUCAUAGGAAAGUCAGAUGGAGACCCUGAGGUUAUCAGUGACACAGGGGGGACGACCUUCAGCAACAGUGGAGAGUUCAGACACCCGUGCUGUAUCACCACCUUUUGCUUCAAGAGCGCCCUGCUUGCAUGCAUCCUGACUGCUGUGUGCUUCUCCUCGGUUGCCCUGGUUCGCCAGUACCUCAAGGACCUCCUGCUCUGGGUGGAGAGCUUGGACAGCCUAGUCGGAGCCUUGCUGUUUAUAGUGGGUUUGAUUAUUGUAUCAUUCCCGUGUGGAUGGGGAUAUAUUGUACUUAAUGUGGCAGCUGGCUACCUCUAUGGCUUUGUGCUGGGCAUGGGACUAGUUAUGGUGGGAGUUUUAAUAGGGACCUUUGUGGCACACCUGGUGUGCAAACGACUAUUGACUGACUGGGUGCUGAACAAGGUUGGGAACAGUGAACAGCUCAGUGCUGUCAUACGAGUGGUGGAGGGAGGAAGUGGACUCAAAGUUGUGGCCUUAGCGAGACUCACCCCCAUACCAUUUGGGCUCCAAAAUGCAGUUUUCUCGAUCACAGACGUGUCCUUGCCAAACUACCUGGUGGCCUCCUCUGUGGGUCUGUUGCCCACUCAGCUUCUCAACUCCUACCUGGGCACCACGCUUCGCACCAUGGAGGACGUCAUCGCUGAGCAGAGCGUCAGCGGCUACUUUGUGUUCAGCCUCCAGAUCGUCAUCAGCAUCGGCCUGAUGUUCUACGUCGUGCACCGGGCGCAGGUAGAGCUAAACGCAGCCAUCGCCGCCUGCCAGAUGGAACUGAAGUCGUCGCACAUGAACGGCUCCUCCACGAAUCACAGCGGCUUCACCUACUGCAGCAAGAGGGCGACAGCCGGUGGCGGAAACUGCAUUAACGUGGUGUGAUCAUGAAAUAACACACAAGGCAGCAGCUGGUAUGACUUGCUCAAUGAAUCACAAGACUGCAGAGCUCAAGGGAACCCGCUGAGUUUAGACAGAGUCUGAAACAUGUCGGCGGUGGCGUUUUUUGUUUUUUUUUAACAUCAUAUUCUGACAACCCUUGGGAGAAAAGUCUUAAAGCGUAUGUCUUUAGUCAGUACAGUGUUUUACAAGUUUGGGACCAUGCGCCUUUUCAAGGAAAUGGUGAUGGGAAUAGAUUUGCGGUAUAUUAUUGAAAGGUUUUUUAUUAUUUUGAUUGAGGUACUUCUUAACACAUUCUUAACUUAAUUUACUCUGUUACAGGAGAUGUCAAUGAAAUGAUGUGUAGAGAUAUCAGAGUUGGCUGAGUGAGUCAUUAAAAACAAUAGCUAGGCAUUAACUGCCUGUUAACACUAUGAAUGUGCAAUCUGGAGCUUUCUAGAGAACCAAGGAAUUGUUUUUCCGUUUCAGUGUCAAAAGAAUGCCGACCUAUGCACCUUUCUUUCAUACUACAUCUGUUUUUUGUUUUUAGAGAUUUAUGUCUACAUCCAGUGCUAAUUCACAGUACAAAUAAUAAGGGCCUUAUUAAUAUUUUUUGAGAGAUUUGGCUUCAGCAGUUCAUUUUUUAAGUGUCUUAUUUUUGGACUAUGAAGAGAGGUGGGAGGGGUGGGGGGGCUCUCAGUGAGCAUUACUGUGUGAUUUCUGCUGGCUUACGACCACAUCAGCUGAAUUGGCCUUGUCUGCCCGGAGAUCUUUUUGGCGCUUCUGCAGUUUUGAUAAGAGCAGCUGGAGAGGAGAGCAGAUUUCACAGCAGGAAACUCAGGAAUGUUUCUGCCAGGAAAAGUUUGAAGCGCAGCGUGAUUAGCUCCUUAGUAGCACAGCUACUUGUUCUGCUGCGGAAGGAUUCCCACACUGAGCUGAAACUGAGAUGUCAAGCUUUCCUGUAAAUGUUUCUAAUUCAUUUGUAAUUGAAAUGUUUUCAUUUUGAGGUUAUCCAUUAGGAUUAUUGCAUAGUUUUUUCUUUAGGUGAUAGUUUUGACAGUUCUGUGCAAUAGAUCAAAGAACGGAGGCAAAAUGGCAUGAAUGUCGUAUUUCAGUGCUGAAACCAAACUAAUCAGAAAUACUCUCGUGCAUCGAAAUAACACAACAUAGGUCUGUGUUUAUUUAAGGUUUUACUUGCUUUACAUUAUAGAGAAUGAGUAAAAAAGAUGAGAUAAAGAGGCUGAUAUUUUUUACGUGCCAUAAUUUGAUAAAGCUUAUCAGAUGCCAUGACACUGGCCCCACCUGAGCGGAGGCUACAUGUGACUUAUGACUGAUUAUUUUAUUACCUAAUGUUGCUAAGUGAUUAUAGAAAUGAUCUGUGAACAUUUUUUUUGUGUGUUUUAGCUCUUAAUAAUCCAACAAAGCUCUCAUGCUGUAGGUUCUCUUGCACAGUCCACUACAAACAGACAAACAGUAUUUUCAUACAGAUUAAACUUGGAAGGGGUUUGGUUGGUCCGAAGUUGAAACCGACGUGUCUCAGAAGCCGACAAUCAAACACAACAUGGACACUUAAGUGAUGAAUGUGAUAAUACUUUUUAUUUUUACAUGAAUUAUUGUGAUGCUGCUCCUCAGACAAAGUCUGAUUGAGGAAUAAUAAGGGCUCCUAUAUGAAAUAUCCAUCUUUAUGUCCCUGUGUUUGUAAUACUGGCACCACCUUUUGUUUUUCAUUUUAAUUUUUUGUACAAAUGUUUUUUCUUUCUUUCUCCAAAGCCAGAUUUAAUGUUAGCCCUACACAUUCCAUGCUGUCAGUCCUCUUAAAAGAGUUUAUCCAUGCUAAAUGUUGGUUGAAAGGGCCCCUUCCUGUAUGAAUUUAGCAAUAAUCUCUGAAAGUCAGAAGCAAAAAAUGAAUAUAUGAUAGAAGUCCUACUAAUAAGAUCCGUUGCCAAGUGUUGGUAAUAGCUGUUUACUUCCCAUGUUAAAAGAUCUGCUGGUAAACUUUUUUUUUCCUCAAGAGUGAACAAAAACUGCAGUUGUUAGUCAAUCCAUGUUCCACUGUAAGGUUGAGUAUUAAUGUUCCCAGGUUUGCGUUUCAGUGUUCAACCUGCCUGUUACCUCCCGCUGCCUCUGAUGGACAUUUCUGCUCUGCCAAUGAUGUGAAAGAGACACACAAACAUCUGUGAUCAGAGCAGCUUGUUCAGAUUUCUAGCACUUUCUUUGGAGAGUCCCUAAUGGUACAUGUCUACAGCAUAGACUGUAUAUAAAGAUGGACGAUGCGCCUCCACUGUGCAAAAAUGAAGCCAAAACAUCCACUGCCUUUCUGCUCUGGCGACCUAAUUUGGAGCCAGAGUCUAUGCAGUAAUGUUCUCCAUGGUGUUGUGCAGCACCAUUGAACACGAGCACCUAAACACAGCUGUCAAUCAUUACAUUGUGGUGAUAAGAGCUAAUGACAGAAACCAUCUUUGGGAAAAUAAAUGUUGACAUGUAUUUGGAGUUUUUAUUUUGGCCCAUGUCUCCUUUGCUAACACAUAGUGACCUAUACUUCAGCCAGCCACCAGGGUGUGAUGUUUUGGCUUCACGUUUUGGGAGAUGUCAUGUCAUCUAUCUUUAUAUACUGUCUACGGUCCACAGGGCGUUUUAUUUUUUAUAUUUUUAAAUGAGAUGUUGUACCGCUUUCUAGCAGUGGAAGCUUGCUGGGCGUGCCACUAUGUCCAUGUGCUAUCUGCUCUAUUUUUCAACCCAGACCAACAUGACAGCUGGUUUGGGAACUUUCUUAUAUAUAACCUAUUUUUGAAAAUAUUUGAGGCAAGGAAAAAAAAGCAGUUUCCAAAUUUGUCUCCAUUUAAGAUCGACAUGCUUACGAGACAAUAAAAAGGAAGUGUGGAAAUGGCAGAUCCUGUGGACACAUACCAUUAACCACCAAUCACUUGUUGCUGAUGAAUGAAAAGCCUGUCACUUCCUGUCAUGUGAAAUUCGGAAUCCAACCCGACACAUUUUCCAGUUACUUACUUCAGACUGAAAGUUUACGUACAGAGAGAUUAUACAUUCUGUGGUUGCUAGCGAGAUAUUUACAAUCUACUCACUAACUCUCAUUUUCCCAUUUUUUUUUUUAAAGCACAGAAAUGAGUUUGUCUCUAACUACACCGGGCUUUCACAUGAUAGCAGUGACAUUUUUGGGGGGAAAUUCCCCUACCCUCCAAACAAAGUGUGAUCCUAUAAAGCUGUUCUGCUCAGAAAUGGAAAAGAAGUGGACGUUAUUCUUGUUUAAUGCAAAAAUCAAACACAUGAAACUUGAUCGGCCACUCUUCAUACUAUUUUAGUCUCUCAACUGGAAUUUUAAAAAACUUGAGAUUGUGGGGAAAUUACCAGUUUUACAGUAAAAGCUUUGGUUCUUCCUAGGUGGGCUCUACUUAACUUAGAUAUAGUUAUGCAACAACUGAUUCCUAAGGGAAGUAUAUUUCAUAGACAUCCACACAAGACCUGAAUCUGGAAUAAAACUGUACACCUGGACUGUUAAAGAGGAGUAGAGUGUGAUGUUAUUAACGUAAAGGGUCACAUUAAGGGUCUCGUUUGGUGCUAUGAAAUGCAAUACUUCCCAUCUGUAUCAAGUGCAUUACACAUAUACUGUAUUUUGUAAUACAGAGAAUUUUACAGUGUAUAAAUAUUGAUAUUUAUCGCUGUACGAUGCUUGUUCAGUGUUAUUUAUGAGAGAGAAAAUAAAACCUGUCAGAGUUUGA